GCUCCAUGCUCUGAGACCAGGAGAGACUCGGAACUUUGAAAUGAAGAUGGAGGCAGCAGACAAAGUAGAAGACCUCAUUGGCCCGGAGGUCCCUCCCAAACUCUUGGAAAAGCACGAGGCGGCCCUGGGCGAAGAGGGACCUAUAGAACUAGAAAUGCACGCUCAGAAAGAGAGCGGAGCUGUUACAGAGGAUUCCACCGUGCUCGCCUCCAUGCCCUGCCUGCUAAUGGAACUGAGGCGGGACUCGUCAGAAUCUCAGCUCGCGUCAACGGAGAGCGACAAGCCAACGGCCGGCCGUGUUUACGAGAGCGACUCUUCCAACCACUGCAUGCUGUCCCCUUCUUCCAGUGGGCACUUGGCCGACUCAGACACCCUGUCCUCCGCGGAAGAGAACGAGCCUGGCCGAGCCGAAGCCACCGUCGAGGGAGAGGCUUCGGCGGUGUCAGGGCCAGCCGCCGGAAGGAAGUCCCGGCGGUCCCGGUCGGAGAGCGAGACCUCGACCAUGGCCGCCAAGAAGAACCGGCAGUCGAGCGACAAGCAGAACGGCCGCGUAGCGAAGGCGAAAGGCCACCGGAGCCAGAAGCACAAGGAGCGUAUCCGGCUGCUGAGGCAGAAGCGGGAGGCAGCCGCCCGGAAGAAGUACAACCUGCUGCAGGACAGCAGCACCAGCGACAGCGACCUGACCUGCGAUUCCAGCACCAGUUCGUCGGACGACGAUGAAGAAGUUUCAGGGAGCAGCAAGACAAUCACUGCAGAGAUACCAGGCGGACCGCCAGUCGUGGCUCAUUACGAUAUCUCGGACACUAACUCUGACCCCGAAGUGGUGAAUGUGGACAAUCUUUUGGCAGCUGCAGCCGUUCAAGAGCACAAGAGUUCGGUCAUUAGCAAGGAAACCGGACCCACUUGGAGGACGAGGGGGCUCCUAGAGGAAUUGAAUUCCGAGGCAGAUCACUUGGACGCGGGGAUCCUGGCAGGUGACAAAACCGCGACCAGCACCACCCAGCUCAAUGAAGAAAUUAAUAUUGCCUCAUCGGAUAGUGAAGUGGAGAUUGUGGGAGUUCAGGAACAUGCAAGGUGUGUCCAUCCUCGGGGAGGAGUGAUCCAAAGUGUGUCUUCCCGGAAACAUGGCUCAGGUCUGCAGUGCACCCGGCAAGCGGAACCAUGGACAGGCGUGGCCCCUCCGCAGAACUGGUCUUCGCCGCCGGAAGUGGUGGACCUCACGUUAGACGAAGACAGCAGGCGCAAAUACCUACUGUAAUGCAACUUCACUGUGUUUUUAGUCUCUUAGCCUUCUCUCCCUUUCGUGGCACAGAAGUUCAUGCCUC